CAGAGAGCAGGCAAGGCAGAGAGGGAGAGAGGGGAGAGAGAGAGCCCCAAAGCAGCCUUGUGCCUCUGAGCUGGGAUCUGCCAGGGCACAGCCAGCAUGUUGGUCCUCAGCCCGCUUUUCCCGGGAUCUUACCUGCUGCUUUUCUUCUGCUUUGCUUUGCCUCAGACUGCGUACGCUGACAAUGUCUUCUCAUUUUCAGCAGAUCUGCCUUGUUUGGAACAGAAGAAGCAGCACUGCAGAGCACGCUGCCUCCUUGGCCCUCCUCCACCGCCCCUGCUCCCACCACCGUACUUCAGGCACAGCUGGAGCACUAAGCUGGAUAUGGAAGAGCUGUGCCAUGAGCUCCAGAUAAUACAGGCUUCCACUCUGCCUGAAUUGCACUGCUCUGCAGGGCCUCCUGGCCCCCAGGGUCCACAAGGAAUUCCUGGUAUAAUGGGACCAAAAGGGGAGAAAGGGGAGAUUGGCAGGCCUGGAAGAAAGACCAGGUCCCCCGGGUGUCCCUGGGAUGCCAGGACCAGUAGGAUGGCCUGGACCUGUGGGACAGAAGUCUUGUCUGAACUUCUGCAGAGCAGCAGCCAAUGGGAAAAUCCUCUCCAUUUCUGGGACAGUGAAGGCCAAAGGAGAGGUGAAAAGGGAGAGUUGGGUGUGAUGGGAUUGCCAGGUACAAGAGGACCAAUGGGCUCCAAGGGUUUUCCUGGAACUAGAGGAGAAAAGGGAUCCAGAGGUGACAGAGGCGACAAAGGAGUCAAAGGAGACCCGGGAGAAAUAGGCUUCCCUGGAAUGCUGGGACAAAAAGGAGAGAUGGGCCCCAAGGGACAGUCUGGAGUACCAGGACACAGAGGACCUAUAGGAAGACCUGGAAAACGAGGCAAACAAGGACUCAAGGGGGACAUUGGACCCGCGGGUGUCAUGGGCCCACCUGGCAGGCCUGGCCCUGUUGGCCAGCCAGGCCCCCCUGGGCCCUCAGGACUAGGACAAUUUGCAAUAGGACCAAAGGGAGAAAGAGGACUUCCAGGGCCUCCAGGGAGAUGUCUCUGCAGAACCCCACAGCAAAUGAGUAACCCAUCGUAUGAGCAAUCUGUGUUUGGACACAGCUACCCCAAGGUUCCCGCGAUUUUUGUGGUGAACAAUCAAGAAGAAUUGGAUCGGUUAAACACCGAGAACGCAUUAGCAUUUAGAAGAGAUCAGAGAUCUUUGUAUUUCAAAGAUACCUUUGGAUGGCUCCCAGUCCAGCUCUCCCCUCUGUACCCCAUGGAUUACCGCCUGGAGGAGGGGGGCACCUGUGGAGAUGGCAUCGUGCAGGAUGGGGAGGAGUGCGACGACGGCAACGCGGUGGUGAACGAUGACUGCAUAAGGUGCCGCCGUGCUUACUGUGGAGAUGGCUACAAGCAUGAGGGGGUUGAAGACUGUGAUGGGAUGGAUUUUGGAUACUUGACAUGUAGAACAUACCUUCCUGGGUCUUACGGGAAACUGCGCUGCACUCCUUACUGCUACAUUGACUCCACACAGUGCCGGUACUUCACAUGAGGGAGCAGAGGUGGGCAGCAUCCCCCGCCUAGGGGUGCUAGGUGCUACACUAUCACCUAUCCAAGAAGGACUGGGACAAAAAAAACUCCCACCCACCUCUGGGAAAACAAGCAAAGACACAUCAUGCUGCUGAUGGCCAUUCUGAGAUUUUUUUUUUUCAAUAUAGAUUUGUCAGAUAGGGGAAAAUAGGACCACUGCAUCCUGUCUUAAUAGAGAAAUAAAUGUCAAGCUGUGUGUGCCAGUGAGACUUCCAUGCAGCUGUGGAUGGCUCUCCAUCACAAAAGCAACAUUAAACUACUGGAAGCUGAGUUUCAUUAACCAGGAAUGCCAUGUAACAAUUACCUCGACUUAGCACUGUUAAACCAAAUGUAAUCUCUUCAGGGGUUUUGUCUUUAACCCUUCUCUGCAUAAACACAAAGCAUAUCUUGGAUGCGGUGUUGAGAGGGACUUUCUCUUUCAUUACAAUGUGAACUUAGCAAAUGUUGCAUCCACUAGAGAUGACUUCAGCAACUCUAAGGUUACCAAUGCUCCUUCAUUGGUCAAAGGAGUUGAAGUUCUUUCAGAAUCAGCAAAUCAGUCAAAUAAGCUGGUUAACAUCACCUUCAGGCGAAGGCGCUGUCUGUGUGUGUCUGUGCACUACAAGCAGUCACAGGAGACUGGCAAAACACACCACAAAAGGACAAACUGGACAAAAAAGCUGUGAAAUAGCCAAGAAGUUCUCUCCCAGGAGAAAAUCAGACAAGGAGGGAAGAUAAAGAAGUAACAUAUUUCUGUAUUUUUCUCCUCUGUGCUGAGCUGGCUGGGCUCUGCCUGACCCCAAGGGGCCGGGAUAGCAUCAGUUCCCUGCCCACAGCCAUGUACACAUUGCCUUCUCUCUGGUGUCCACACUGGAAGGUCUUGGCAUUUGCAACCCCUUGUCCACCCAGCCAUCACCACUCAAUUCCCAGUUUUCCCCUGUGCUCCCUCCCCCUGUGCCACUGGCUGUUGCCUCAGUGUGUGUGCUCACUUUUGUAUUGCUGUAAGUCAGACUGCAGAGUAGCACGUCCAUGGAUACUGUGCAAUGAACACGUGGGUUUUUGUUUUUUGGGAAGGUCUCUCAACUAUAUCAGCUCUGGUUGGAGUCAGGGUAAUUAUAUACUUAUUUAUUAGCAAGUAGUAAACAGCAAAUUUCACAUUUCAUAUUAAAUGUCAUGUGACAAAGAGUCUAUAACAGAAAAUGAAACCGACAAUGUGCAGAAUUCAGGACUAAAAGCCUUAAAAUUAGGCAUUAUUUUCAUACAAGCCACUCUUUCCUGCUUUGUGGUAAAUGUUGUACAGGACUGUGUGAAAUGUGUGAGUUAUCUGUGCCAGUGACAUCACGGCAACAGCUGCAGCGACACUGGCACAUCUGUAGAGGUUAAAUAAAGGUGGAUCUUGUGUUAUAAUUAUAAUGCAUUACAGCAAUUAAGAAACACAUGCAACUUUUACCACCUGCCUAGAAGACUUUAACUAUGCAUGUAUUAAGUGAUAUUGGAAAUCACCAAUUAGCAACAAAACAAGAAAGAAAAUUUGUGUACUCUUCAUGAUUAUCACUCACCUGGGCUAUUUAUGUUGCUAUGAAGUCAAGUCACCAGCAUUUGUAGCCCAGUUCAACAGUUUAAUUUUUUUUUUUUCUUCUUAACUGAGGUCUUAAUAAAAGGUCCAGGAACCACUGGGACAAGAAAAUUGCCACAAACUCUGGAAAUCAGGGCACUAGCACAGCUGCCUUUUAAAUUUCCUGUGUUAGAGCAAGCAGCAGGUUCCAGCAGCAUCACACCACAAGGAGCAAGUUAUGGUUGUUGGGAGGCUGUCGAGGACAAACACACUGCCAGCAGCGCAUCCCUCUGGGUGAAACCCUGGCAGAAUCUGCUGGUGUUGCCAUCCUGGGAUGGAGGCACUCCAUCUGAACUGCUCACCUUCUCCAAGGAGCUAAUCUCAACCCCCCAAAAGGCUGGAGUCUCUGAGAAGUUGGUCAUUCCAGUGGCCUUUCGCCUUCAGUUUUCAGUUGGAUCGUUUUUCAUUAAAAGCUCCUACCUCCAAGGGACAUUGAAAUAACAAAGCUAUGUGCAUGCAUCAUAGAAAAUGUAAACAGGAGAUGUGGUCACCCAGGUGAAAUACUGUGCUGCUUAUGUUCAGAAAGAGGCUAUCAGCCUGGUCAGUCUGGGAACACUUGCACAGCAUGGAUUUUAAAUGGACAAAGCAAUGUGAAAUAUAAGAAAACAUAAAAAAGUUUCAUACUAUCAUUACUGUCUUGCUCCCCUCAGAAGAUAAGGCAUGAGAAAGACAUAAAGUAUAUAUGAUUUAACAUGCUGCAAAAUAAAUCCUUUGCCCUCAUUACUGACAUACCUGAUUUAUCAUCAAUUGGGUAUUCUUCAGCUGGGUGAUGCCUGGUCUGCUGCAAAUUGUCUUCCCUCCUUCUCUGAGUUUGGGAACUUAAAACAUUGUGCCAAGACUGGUUCAAAAGUUAAUUGGAACAUUUCAGUUCAUUGGACUUUUGUAGCAGCAUACACUUUUGGGAGAGUUUUCUAAUGAUUAGUAUGCAACUCUAGGCAAGUACAAAGCAUUAUGCCAUGCACUGUAUUAAUGUAUACCAAAAAAUCUGGCUUGCACUUAAUAUGUGAUUAAAUAUAUGUAAUUGCCUACUGCAUAUAUUAGCAGCUCAUGUCAAUAAAUCAUGCUACCUUAGUUCCCCUAUGUCCUUACUUUCACUUAUUUAAUUUUGGGUUUAACAGCACGGUUUUAAAGUAUAAUUACCUAGUUUAAGAUGCUGAGGAGGGAAAAAGCACCUCUUUUCCCCUGCCUGCUGCCUCUCCCUGCCUGCCGUAGGAUCUGGUUCUGUGUGGGCACAGUGACAGUGCAUCCAGUACUGUGACAGUGGGCACAGCCUGGGAGUGUGACUGUGCAUCCCUGCUCCUGGGCUUGCCACUGCAUCAUCCCCAAACUGACCCCUGCAAAACUCCAUGGGCAGAACAGCUCCACUUCCACUGAUUUCUGAUUGGAAUCUGUAAUUUACUUGGUUUAAUAAGGCUUUGGGCUGUGUUUUGGGGGAUUAUCUGCUCCUGCACCAGAUAAUGUAUGUACU